ACAGACCAUAUUCGUUCUCUUAUCGGGGAAUUAGGGUUUAUGAGCUUCCAUUGCCAGCUCUCCUUCUCCGCUUCGUCUUGUUCCUCGCAUGCUUGGCUAGGUUCACUCACCUUGUGGUGAUGUUCGUAGCGUAGAGGGAUCAAAGCAGGGUUGUGAAAAGUUGCAGCUGUGUGUAGAUGGCGUCGAAUAUGGAGCUUUGAGGUUCCUAUUUCGUUGCAGUGUGGCGGCUGGGGUGUUUCAUCGGAGGCGGAUAGGGGGUGCGGCGGCUGAAGUGUGGCGUGGCGUCUAGAUGUCGGGAGCAAUGGCGCUGGAGGGAGCUCACGCUGACGAGGGGUAUGCUAACAUCGGCGGACCUAAGGAUGGGCCCGUAUUGACGAUGAUGAGCAAGAGGUUGCGCGCGUUGAAAAAGAAGUAUAACAGGAUCUUGCAGAUAGAGGAGAACAAGAGGCAGGGGAAGACCGUGAACAAGGAGCAGGAGGAUGUGCUUAAGACGAAAAUAGCCAUCGCAGCCUUGAUUGAUGAGUACGAGAAAUUGCGGCAACCAUUGAUCAGUGCGGUCAAGGAGGAGGUGGCGGAGCGGGAGAAAGAGCUUUUGGCUGCUACGUUGGAGCGGAAGCAGGAGGAGGAGAGUGUGUGCGAAGGUGAGCACGAGUCUGCGGCUGCGGGCAAUGUGGAUUCUGAACCUCGCACGGAGGCCGGGAACUGUGUGGGUGAGGAGGCGGAAAAGCCCGUGGAGGCUCAUGGGAGUGGAAGCGGGAUUGGCACUUCUGACGAAGCCCACGAAGCUCACCCUUCUGCUACUCAGAGUCAGGAUGUUACUGACAGCGAAAAGGAGAAGCUUACAGAGGUGGAGAAGGAGAGCUUCGUGAGGGUGAGUGAAAGUGUCGUCCCUGAGAAUGUGUUCUCAGAGGGGGACGUUUCAGACCUGUUGAAGCUUCUGUAUUUUUCACAUCUGUUUGAUGUGAGAUCGCAAGGUGAGGCGCCUUCUCUGAUGUGGACAAGGGUACAUGAAAGGAGCUCUUGCCUAUCGUACGAUUUUGUUACGGAUGACUCAACCACGCCCCUGAUUGAAGCUGAUCUAGACGCCUUAUCAUUGUUUGGAUCGAUGUUGACCUCUCGGCCUCCGAAUGAAACAUUGUCGCAUCGGGAUGCCCUGCAACGCUGCAUUGAGCAUGCUAGACAAUGGCUGCGGAACUCGGAUCUCGCCAUUCAACUGGACAGCCACACCUCUUACUCACGACUGAGAGAAAGGUUGAACAGAAUUCUUUCAUCUGAAUAUUUUACGAUGACACCUGAGCUGCAAACUGUGAGUCAGCAAACGGCUGCUGCCGCCGCUAGCGCUGCGGGUCAGUAUCUUCCCACUAAGGAUGUGGAUCACAUCGUACCUCCCGCGUACUAUGUUCCCCAGGAGCCACAGGCACCUGUGCCACAAAUCUAUGAGUUCGGAGUAUCAGCAACCAAUGGAGUUCCACCUACUUCAACUCCUCUGAUUUUUAUGACUGAUAACACAGUGCCAGCUUUUGACAUGCCGCAGUUUGGAAGUCAUGGAAUUCAUGAGGAAUCUAACGUUGGAGGUCAAGAAGAGACUCAAGAGAUUCAAGCUUCGGAGCCGGAAACCGAGGAGGUCGCAGGAGGCGAUGCCCAACCCCAGCACCCAGCACCGCCUCAUCAUCAUCACUACCCUCACCAUCAGCAGGGUCCACCACAAGCUGGUGGCAGAAGCGGCGUGCCAUACCAUCAACAGGGUGGGGGGGGUCCUCAAAGGGGAGGACGAGGUAUGCCAGGUGGUUACCAAGGAAUGGGUGGUCGGAAUGGCGGCCGAGGAUACAUGAAUAAUGGGCGUGGUGGUAGAGGACGAGGCGGCAUGUAUCCCAAUGGCGGACGUGGUCAGUUUUAUGACCAGCAGCCUGGAGGUUUUCAUCCUAGACCUAACGGUCACUACGGUGGUAGAGGUGGACGUGGAGGCAGGGGCGGUAUGAUGUACAAUGGACAACAACCCAAUGGUGCUGCCCCUUCUUCUGCAGUGGCUCCAAGCCCUGCCUAAACGUUGAAAUAGAUUUGUGUGGCUCGGUUCAUUCCAGUCAUCGAGGUUUUUAGAAAUCGGUAGAAUUCACAAAAUGUUCACAUUGCGACGUUGAUGGUGACCCUCGUCUUUCUAGUGCUGCUAAUUUCUGGAGUAUGAACCGUGACACAAGUGAGAGAUAAUGAUCAGGAAUGAUCUACAGAUAGCAUUAACCCUUAUAUGGAUGAUUUGCUGAUGAUUUUACGCCGUUUGCCGUUGAGGUAGAUUAGCUUUUAUUGAAGCUUAAAGAGGUUGAUGGCUAUUUUUUCGGAGGGGAUUUUCCAAGGUUGUGCGAGUUAAGGAUCUUUGAGAGUGGAUGCUAAUCUGCGAUACACUAAUCCGUUCUUGAUGGUGGUGCUCUUUUGUCUUCAUUUUUGCAACGUUAUUGGAAUGUUGCACUAAUAAGGAACUGGAAUGAUGUGUAAAUUACCUGAGCCGUAUCUUAGAUAUCAUGGCCUAAAUUCUGGUCAUUUUAACUGUGUUCGGCAGCAAUCAGCAUCUGCUUUUACGUA